AGGUACAUACUGGUCUGCAGGGUAACUCCCCACUGUUGAUCCUCUGAGAUGAUUGUAGACUGGGUGCUGUGAGUCCUGCCACUUUGUUUAAGUGAAUGUGUCUUUUGUCCAGCUCAGCCGCCUCGGAUCUCGCUGCCACCGGCCUUCCUGCACACCCGUGCCACCCGCCUUUGCCCCAUCAGCCUCAGCCUCGGUUCAUUCUCUCAGGCAGUCCCAGCAUUGGCACGGUACCUCCUCCCGCUGUGGGCCACACGUCUCUGCCCCCUGUCAACCCUACUGCCAUCAGCACCACCACCAGCGACUUGUCUGCCCAGGAGGGUGCAACACCAUCUACCUCCACCGGCCACCUUUCAGUGUUUCCAGCUUUCCAAGUAAAGACACCAGCAGUGCCCUCAGAGCAGACCAGCCAGAGAUUUUCUGAAGCCUCCCAAAGGGUGCUCCCCGGAGGAGGCCUGAGAUGCUCUCAUGACUUUGGAGCCGGGGUGGCUGGCCACCUUGGCCUGGCCAUGUUUGGGGUGGGCUUCGGGAGCCUGGCACUGCUGCAGAGUGUGGUGGAUGAGAACAGCUGCUGCUUGCUGUAUGUGGUGGAGGACCAGCUGUGUGACGUGGAGCGAGCCUUCAGAGCUGAGCUUGGCCAACACCAGAGUGGUUCGGGAACAGGAUGCAGAGAUUGUCCUCAACGACUAGCGGUACGGUUUCAGUUGUCAGCAGAGGUUCACUGAACACCUGCUGUGUGCCGGGCACCGUCCUGGAGGCUGGAGAAAUGGCUCUGAAUGCUGCAAAGUCCCCAUCCUUGUGCUGCUGAGUUGGGGGCAGAGGCAGAUGAGUAGAUCUCAAUACAUCAGUAGCAAUAAGCUCUGCGGAGAGAACUCACUCUCCGCGGAGAGUCGGGAGAGGGAGGCUGGAGGGAGUGCUGUUUUAGGUGAGAUGGCUGGGGAAGACUUGAGGAGGGGGCAUUGGAGCCAGGGACCUAGGUAGGUGAGUGAGAUGGCCACGGGGGUAUCCGGGACAGCACACUCUACAAAGAGGACACUGAGUCUUCUCCAGGCCUUGAUGUAGCCGAGUGGCCGUGCUGGCAGGAACGGAGUGAACAGGGUGAGGGCUAGGCAACGAGGUCCCAGGCCCGAGGAGCCUGGGGGCCACCCAGAGGCUUUGAAAGCCACCAGGGGUUGGUUUGGUUUGAGCUCACACUCAGGGGGCGGAGGAGAAGGACACAGGGACACCAGUGAGGGGUAUUGCGGGGCCAAUGAGGCAUGAUGGGCCUGGACCAGGGUAGCAGUGUGGCUGGAUUUGGGAUAUUUCGAAUGUACAGCCUUUGCGAUGGGGUCCUGGCUUCCUCCCUUCACUCAAGCAGCUGGGUGUGACAUGUCCACCCUGUUCAUGAGUGGUGUCUCCAGCAGCUGGAGCAGCAUCUCUACUUGCUGCCCACAGGGUGUGGAUAGCCACAGCAGGUAGAUGGGUUUGCGGGCAGCCACCCAGCCCUGGGCUCAGGUGCAGCCACUGUGUUCAGGCCUGGGCUGGGCACUGCCUGGUGUUUCGCAGAGCUGGCCAGUGCUGCUCAGAGGGCAGGCCUGGCUCUCACCUUUGGAGUGUCCAGGUUUGGACAAGCUCUUAAUAGCAUAGUAAGGGGAUUGACCCCAGCUUGUUAACGCACGUGGAGGGCUCUGAACGUAUUAGCGGACAGUGUUGUGUCUCAGCAAAGCCCAUUGUCACUGCAGAAGAAUGUUCAUGAAUGUUAAUGCUUUGUGUGUUUUUGGAAAGUUGGCAAAUUUUAUUUAUUUAUUUAUUUACUUUAUUUAUCUUUUGAGGCAG